AUGCGUCGCCAGGCGCGGAAGUCUUGUCUUCGCGGCAGAAGCACGCAAAAAUGGGCAUCGGAACCAUCAGAGUCUUCUGAAGACAAGCAAAGCUGUCACUGGAACAAAGAGGAGGCCGCCCUCUUCCUCCAAAGUCAAGUCGGGAGUGAGGGAAUAGGUUGCUUUUGGAUGCACUGGGCAUGUGGCUUCUGGCUUGCACGCGCUUUGGAUCCAGUCUUCAAGUCUCCAUGGUGCGGGCCGUUGCUGCCGAAUCUGGAGGGCCUCCUGUCGGCCUUCGAACCCCAGCUUCGGCGAUGGCCACAACUGUCGGAGGAGGAGAAGAGUUCCGAUCCUUUUGCGCAGUGCCUGCUUGGCCCUUUCGAGCAUGAUGCUGGCCAUGGUCAGAUGGCGUGCUACUACUACGACCUCGAGAACGAGCGUACCCAGUUCAGCGAGAACUCGCUCGGUCUCCUUGUUCUCUCCUUGCCGGCCGUGGCCCAGAUCCUGAAGGAUGUGGAGACGCAGGUCGAGAGCCUCAUGGAGCUGCGAAUCCUCCGCGACCUGUCUGUUGCGAGAACCAACCAGCAUGUCCGAGCUCGUCUCCGGUCACAACCAUCUCGUCCGAGAGGUCGACGUUUGAAGGACCGCUCGAAACGCUUUGGGAAGAAUCUCGUGGGGCUUUUCAACCAGAAGAGACCUGCGAAGCACGGAGAGAGCUGGUCGCCGAUCCCACACUCCUCCAGCGAAGAGGGCCUCAGCCCUGGAGGCGGCAACGACAACGACACAAGCGUUGGCGAAACUCCUCCACAGAGUGCCUUCGUGGUGGAGAGUGGGGAUCGCACUCUGCGAGCGAUGGCCGGGAAGCACGCCAGGGACUUCGUGCCCGAACGGCUGCCUUGGCAGAUACUCUGCAGGAUGACGCGAGUUUGCCAACUCACUUGGGCCAUGUGUGGCGUCAUGGUCCUCCUGAAGGAGCUUGGCUUGGUCCAGGUGGACUUCCAGCAGGGCAGCGCUCGGGCCCUUGCUGCUCCAGAGCCGCUGGUGCUGGAGGAGGUGCGCUUGGACUGGCCCAAUGGCACUCUCUUUCUUCCGGCCAUGCUGCACUGCCCGGCUUCAUCCGUGGAGCCUCUGCUGCUCGCGAGCCCUACAUCUCUGUUCCUGGGAAGUCAUCUCCCGCAGAUCCCGACAGUGCCUGUCCAGUUCGAGUUUCUGGCUGCUGUGCGGUUGCCACAGGGGGCGACGUGGCUCAGCACAGGAGAAGGCAGAGGCCACACCGGACUGGAGCGCCUGGCGCUCCUAGCACCCGGCAAGGGCUGCCUCAGGUGGCCUGCCGACCAUCUUGUGUGUGUGUGUGUGUGUGUGCGCGCGUGUGAAGGUGUUGUUGAUCGCUCUGUUGCGCAUCAGCCGUGA